ACGACGAGAAGUCGCAUAUUAACUAUGUGGAAAAAGCCAGACGCAGAGACAGUGGGUGAAAGAACAUAGCAACAACAAAAAAUACAAGGGCAACGUCUUCAAAAUCCAUCUUCAUCUUCGGGAAAAGCAAUUCGGGAUGAUAUAGAAAAUAGCAAGAGCAUAAACUACACAUGUUAAGCUUCAAAAUAAACCCAGUAUUAUGAUUUUAUGACAUUAGGAUUGUUUUAAAAAGAGAGGUGAAAGAUAGUUUGUUGGAUUGUAGCUAGGGACAGUGUUACUAUAUCCGGAUAGAUAGACUACGGGAAGCAGAAAGAAGAGAAAAAGAAACCGUUUCUGGAAAUAAUUUUGCCUUUAAAAAAUAUAUUUGGACUAAAACUUUCUUGGACUUUUGCCUGAAACAUUUUUUUUUUGGUGGAUUUUGAGCUAGCUUGCUAGCUAUAAAUUGUCAAUCAUGGAAUUGAGAGUGGGAAACCGAUACAGACUGGGCAGAAAAAUUGGAAGUGGUUCGUUUGGAGAUAUUUAUUUGGGUACUGAUAUCUCUGUAGGAGAGGAGGUGGCCAUCAAGCUAGAAUGUGUGAAGACCAAGCACCCACAGCUCCACAUCGAGAGCAAGAUCUACAAGAUGAUGCAGGGAGGAGUGGGUAUCCCAACGAUAAAGUGGUGUGGGGCAGAGGGCGACUACAACGUGAUGGUGAUGGAGCUGUUAGGACCUAGUCUGGAAGACCUGUUCAACUUCUGCUCCCGCAAGUUCUCCCUCAAGACUGUCCUGCUGCUGGCUGACCAGAUGAUCAGCCGUAUUGAGUACAUCCACUCUAAGAACUUCAUCCACAGAGACGUGAAGCCAGACAACUUCCUGAUGGGCCUGGGCAAGAAGGGCAACCUGGUGUACAUCAUCGACUUUGGCCUGGCCAAGAAGUACCGCGACGCCCGCACACACCAGCACAUACCCUACCGCGAGAACAAGAACCUGACCGGCACCGCGCGCUACGCAUCCAUCAACACACACCUGGGAAUCGAGCAGUCUCGUCGUGAUGACCUGGAGUCUCUUGGCUAUGUCCUGAUGUACUUCAACCUGGGCAGUCUGCCCUGGCAGGGCCUGAAGGCUGCCACUAAGAGACAGAAGUACGAACGCAUCAGUGAGAAGAAGAUGUCUACCCCCAUCGAGGUCCUCUGUAAAGGAUAUCCAUCGGAGUUUGCCACGUACCUGAACUUCUGCCGUUCUCUGCGGUUCGAUGACAAGCCCGACUACUCGUACCUCAGACAGCUGUUCAGGAACCUGUUCCACAGACAGGGCUUCUCCUACGACUACGUCUUCGACUGGAACAUGCUCAAGUUUGGUGCUAACAGGGCAGCGGAGGAUGCAGAGAGGGAGAGGAGAGCUGGUGAGGACAGACUGAGACAGGGACAGGCCAGGGCCCCUGCAGGGGCCAGGGGGAUCCCCUCCGCCUCCGGACGACCCAGAGGAGCACAGGACGCAGCCGCACCCGCACCCCUCACACCCACCUCACACACAGGUAUGGAGCGAGAGAGGAAGGUCAGCAUGCGUCUUCAUCGUGGAGCUCCUGUCAACAUCUCCUCCUCAGACCUGACUGGA